GUUCCCACUACCAGUUUCAAGUGAACGCUCGUGCCGUGGAGUCGAGCUCGUCCCCUCUUACACAUAUCUGUCACCGUCCCCAUAUAGUAUAAGCUCAGUUUCCACAGCACCGAUAUCCAGUGGAAAUAUACAAAACAAAUCAACGAAAAACCCUGCCUCCGGUCCGUGUCGAGUGUCCAUUCCAUUCCCAAGAGUUUUUGUGCAGUCAAGUACAACCGAAAAUAGUUUUUUUUUCUCUCUUUCGGUUGGUCUCUCUCUCUCUCUCUGUGUGGCUCGCGCCCCGCCUCGAGCUUUGUUUGUUUAAACAAUUAAUAGGCAAUUUACAUAGGUAGAAACUGUAAAAGGAAAACCGCCAAAAUUGGUUACCUAACGAAAACUUCGUUUGUGCUACGGGAAGGCAACAAAAGCCGCCUCGCCAUCAAGAACAUAUCCUCUGCAUAUCCUACCCAUUCCAACUCAUUUGCAACAUCAUCCAUUGUUCACAUCGGAUUCUAAGGCAAAAGACGACGACAUGGGCUUCAGUUCGCGCAUGGACUGCUGCGGGCAGUUCGUCAAGUACAGUCUUUUCAUAGCAAAUUUUGUUAUUUUCGUGGGUGGCGCAAUUGUCUUUUGCCUGACACUGUGGACGCUGGUGGAUCGGAGUUUUGUCAAUGAGUUGCUGGGCACGAAUUUAUUUUCAGGCGCCGUCUACGUCCUGCUGGUUACAUCGGUCAUCAUUUGUCUGGUCUCGUUUCUGGGCUGUGUGGGUGCCGGCAAGGAAGUUAAAUGUCUGCUACUAACGUAUUUCAUAAUCGUUGCUCUGGUUUUCGUCACUAUGCUAAUUGGCGGCGUCUUGGGCUAUGUGUUCCGCGAGCGGGUGCAGCAGACCAUGCGACAGGAAAUGCGCUCUACCAUGGCCCUGUAUGGCAGCCGACGUGAGAUUACCCAGGCCUGGGAUCUCACCCAGGAGCGACUGCAGUGCUGCGGCGUGGACACGUGGCACGACUGGACUCGCUAUGGACCCGUGCCCGAGUCCUGUUGCCAGGAGCUGUUCGGCGGACAGCGCAAGGAGUGCACCAUCUUCCCAACAGUCACGAACCUGUACAAUCAGGGCUGUCUCUACGUGACGACCAACUUCAUACGGGAUCAUGCAGCAGUCAUUGGUGCCUCCUCCAUAUCGGUGGCCAUUCUCAUGAUCUUUGGCAUGAUAUUCUCUUGUCUUCUAUUCAACAUGAUUGAAUAGCGCCAAAGAGUUGGGCAAGCACCUGCCCCCAGUCCGAAGGAGGAGACACAUUUUUGAAUAGAGUUAUUCUAGGAGUAUUAUCCGCUAUGUUGGACACUGCAUUCCACCUGCAUUCCGUUUGUAUAUACCCAGAGCUUAGAUACGCACAUAUCUAGUGAAGUGAAUUGAGUAUUACAUGUGGUAAUCGUCGAUACGAGUAUUGUUAUCAUCUGUUGCACUAUUUUGUAUUAUUUUGUAUGUAAAAAUCUACUUUAGAUUUAGUUUUAAGCAGUCCAACUAAAAUAUUAAAAUGCAAAUGUUACAAUGUUGCCCAUGGAGCAUUUAA